AGAGAGAGAGAGAGAUGAAGAUGAUGAUGAUGCCAUGGAUGAGAGUGUUGCUCGCAGCUUGGUUAUUAGCGACGCAUGUGGAGGGGAUGGUCCGUCACUACAAGUUCAAUGUGGUUGCGAAAAGGACCAACAGACUGUGCAGCACGAAGCCCAUCGUGACUGUCAAUGGGCGGUUCCCGGGUCCAACUGUCUACGCCCGAGAAGACGACACGGUGCUGGUGAAGGUGGUCAACCACGUCAGCUACAACGUUAGCAUUCACUGGCAUGGGGUCCGACAACUGAGGACGGGCUGGGCGGACGGACCGGCGUACAUAACACAGUGCCCGAUUCAGCCGGGACAAGUUUAUACGUACAACUUCACCCUCACCGGCCAACGGGGCACGCUCCUCUGGCACGCCCACAUCCUGUGGCUGAGAGCCACCGUGCACGGCGCCCUGAUCAUCUUGCCCAGGCUAGGAGUUCCCUAUCCAUUUCCCACACCCCACAAAGAAAAGGUGAUCGUAUUAGCUGAAUGGUGGAAGUCAGACGUCGAAGCGGUGAUCGACGAGGCCAUGAAAUCCGGAGGAGCGCCCAAUGUCUCCGAUGCUCACACCAUCAACAGCCGUCCAGGACCCGUCGCCAAUUGUCCCCAGGGUGGAUACAAAUUAGCAGUUCGACCAGGCAAGACUUACAUGCUGCGGAUCAUUAACGCUGCGCUCAAUGAAGAGCUCUUCUUCAAGAUCGCCCGCCACCAACUCACGGUGGUCGAGGUUGACGCGGCCUACGUCAAGCCUUUACGCACCAACGCCAUCGUCGUCGGCCCGGGCCAAACCACCACCGCCCUCCUCACGGCCAACCACACCACCGGCAUGUACCUGAUCACCACCUCCACCUUCAUGGACUCCCCCAUCAGAAUUGACAACGUCACCGCCACCGCGACGCUGCACUAUGUUGGCACGCCGGAGGCUUCCCCAGCGGUCCCCACAGCCACGCCGCCGCCGAACGCCACGUGGGUGGCCGAGAGCUUCGUCGGCUCUCUGAGGAGCCUAAACACCAACACCUACCCGGCCCGAGUCCCGCUCGAGAUCGACCACUCCCUGUUCUUCACCAUCGGUCUCGGGGUCAAUCCCUGCGCGACCUGCACGAGCGGCUUCCGGGUCGCGGCCGACUUCAACAACAUCAGCUUCGUCAUGCCCCAUACUGCGCUUCUGUCAGCGCACUACUACAACACGACCGGCGUCUUCACGGACGACUUCCCCGCGAAGCCGUUAAUAGAGUUCAACUACACGGGGACGCAGCCGACGAAUGUGAACACCAUGAACGGGACGAGGCUUUACAGGCUCCCGUACAACUCGACGGUCCAGCUGGUCCUGCAGGACACGGGGAUGAUCGCGCCGGAGAACCACCCGAUCCACCUCCACGGGUUCAAUUUCUUCGUGGUGGGAAGAGGGCUGGGGAACUUCGACCGGUUCGAGGACCCGAGGAAGUUCAACCUCGUCGACCCGGUGGAGCGGAACACCAUCGGAGUGCCGUCCGGCGGGUGGGCCGCCAUAAGGUUCAGGGCCGAUAAUCCAGGGGUUUGGUUCAUGCAUUGUCACCUAGAAGUGCACACGACGUGGGGACUCAAGAUGGCAUUCGUCGUCGACGAUGGGGAAGGCCCCGACCAGUCCGUCCUACCGCCGCCGAGCGAUCUCCCCAAGUGUUGAAACGGUCUGAUGUGGGGACAACAAGGGAUUUUGAGUACAAGAAACGAGCUAGGAGUGAAUGAAUACUACAGCCAAAAGUCACAUCCCCAAAAAACAAGAAAAGAAGAAAGACAGAACCAAAUUAGACACAUUGUAAUUGGAUUGAUAUAUAGGU